AUGGCUGUCGACCACGAUCUGAUUAACACAACCCUCGCGUCAAUCCAGGCCAGCCCAGAGGCCCUCGAGACGCUAAGGGAGUUGCACAUCAGGGCACUAACCGAGCCCCCUUUCAUCAGCACAGGCUCUGACUCCCUCGCUGCCGCCCUCGAUAAAUUCGUCGCUCUCGACCCCGAAAAGUGCGCCCUCGUGUACCUCCUUCUCAGGGCGAGUGGUGCUAGAUUUGUCAUCGAAGCCGGCACUUCGUUCGGUUUAAGCACUAUUUAUCUCGCCUUGGCUGUCGGUCAAAACGCUGCCGCAGCCGGAACCCUGGAGGGAAAGGUCAUUGCGACUGAGAACGAGCCGACCAAAGCCGUCAAGGCCAGAGAGAACUGGCGGUCAGCAGGCCAAGAUGUCGAAAAAUGGAUUGAACUGCGGGAAGGAGACCUGCGUGAGACCCUGAAGCCUGAUCUUCCCGAACAGAUCGAUCUUGUUCUUCUUGACAUCUGGACGCCACUCGCACUUCCAGCGCUUGAAGCGGUCAAAUCAAGACUCCGAGUCGGAGCCACUGUUGUCGUUGACAACUACAUUUCGGCCGCGAAAGGUUACAAGGACCUGAGAGCGUACCUUAAUGAUGAAGCGAAUGGGUUCCGAAAUACCACGGCUCCUUACUCAGGUGGCCUUCAUAUCGCCGUCUACCUUGGUGCUUGA